AUGAAUGCAUGGUAUGAGAAGAGGAUUAAAGCUUACUCUAGUAGUGCUCUGAGCAUGAAAGAUGACCCAGAUUUAAUCAAAUACCGACCCAGCUUACGUUUUGCCGAAGGAGUUACAUCUUUCAUGGCAUCUUGUUUCGAAUUUAAAAGAAUUGCCUUUUAUACUAUAAGAGACAUUUCAAUGGAAGAAAACAAUAUACUUUGUGAAUCAUGUAAGAUAACCAUGAUCUAUUUAAGCAUGGCUGAGUUAACCUCAUUUAAUAUGAUUAUUACCAAUGUAUCGCUACCAUAG